GUAACUUUGCUUCAGUCGCCAUUUUAACUGCGCAGCACGAAGACAGACUGAAGAGGAGGCUUGCUCUCUGUGCUGUGACAAUGUCACCUGCAGUGACCAGCUUGUGUAAGGGCAGCUGUAGCAUCACCUGUUUCUCCUUCAACACAGCUGCAGCUGUUGUGCUGCGGUGGAAAAACGUGACAACUUUCCUCACUCUGCCGAGGAGUCGGGACAUCUGGUGAACGCCCAUCGCUCUCUGCGCAGCCAGAUUAACGUAUAUGCGGUGAAAAUCCGGCCGCUUCGACAGCAUUGGCAAUGUUUCUGUAUCUGUUGUCACUUAAAGCACUUACAGCAAAUUGUGUGGGUCUUGUCGACUACACCAUUGCCGUCCUUUAUCUCCACCAUGUAGCCCAAAUGUUGCCAUACUGCUGACUGAAAUGAAGAGGGAGGAUCCGCUAUUUCUGGUUUUCUCUCGUGUGAUCACUGGACUGAACACAGAUCCACAUCAGACGUCCUCCAGGAAACAUGAAGGAGAUUUUCCACUCAAACCGAGAGAACCAGACUCAGAGAUGUGCCGUCAUCUGCCUCGACCGGUCGGGGUGAAAGGAAAAUGGGGGACAGAAAGGGGGGAGAGAAAGGACAAGAGGGAGAUGAGGUAGAGACACACAUCUUCUCCAUUUCUGCGUCAGUAAAUCUGUGAUCAACCUGUGUGUGUGUGUGUGUGUGUGUGUGUGUGUCUCAGAAUGACUGAAGUCCAGCAGAUGAGUGGUUGUGUGGAGGAAGACGAGGACAGAGCAGAGUCUCCAGGACCCAGCGGUCUGUCUGUGAAGAGUGACCAGUCUAUGAACCAACCUAUAAAGUUCAGUCAUGAACCUGGAGCCUCAGAGACAAAAGGUCAGAACCAGAGACAGAGAGCAGAGUCUCCAGGACCCAGCGGUCUGUCUGUGAAGAGUGACCAGUCUAUGACACCACCUUUAAAGUUCAGUCGUGAACCUGGAGCCUCAGAGACAAAAGGUCAGAACCAGAGACAGAGAGCAGAGUCUCCAGGACCCAGCGGUCUGUCUAUGAAGAGUGACUGGUCUAUGAGAACACCUUUAAACUUCAGUCAUGAACCUGGAGCCUCAGAGACAAAAGACCAGUUUGCUGUUUCUGUGGACGAGCAGACGUCCCGCUGUCCUCUGUGUCAGGACGUCCUGAAAGAUCCAGUCUCCACAAGCUGCGGUCACCGGUUCUGCAGACGCUGCAUCUCCUCAUAUUGGGACCAGUCUGGUCCACCAGGAGACUCCUGCUGUCCCCAGUGUGGACACAGACCCAGGACAGGACGUGGACCACAGAGCAUCUUUGCAGAUGUUGGUCUGCAGAAGGUUCUAGAUGAACAUAAGAUCAGUCUGAGGAGCAGAUUUGAACAUGUGACUGAAGGAACUGAAGGAACAGGAAGUAGAACCCUCCUGAACAGGAUCUUCACUGAACUCUACAUCACAGAGGGACAGAGUGAAGAGGUCAAUACUCAACAUGAGGUGAUGCAGCUGGAGACGACCUCCAAGAAGAAGACGGUCCAGGACACUCCCAUCAAGUGCUGCGACAUCUUUAAAGCCUUACCUGACCUGCAGGGGAGCAUCAGAGUCGUCCUGACCAACGGUGUCGCUGGUGUUGGAAAAACCUUCUCGGUGCAGAAGUUCACUCUGGACUGGGCCGAGGGUUUGGAAAACCAGGAUGUGAAUCUGCUGAUUGUGCUCUCGUUCAGGGAGCUGAACCUGAUCAGAGAUCAGCAGCACAGUCUUCUCACGCUGCUCCAUGUUUUCUAUCCAACAUUAGAGAAGGUCAGAGCAGAGGAACUCGCUGUCUGUAAACCUUUGUUCAUCUUUGACGGCCUGGAUGAAAGCAGACUCUCACUGGACUUCAGCAGCAGGACGCUGGUUUCUGACGUCACACACAGGUCAUCAGUCAACGUGCUGCUGACCAACCUCAUCCAGGGGAAUCUGCUUCCCUCGGCUCUCGUCUGGAUAACUUCUCGACCUGCAGCUGUCAAUCAGAUCCCUCCUACAUGUGUUGCCAGGGUAACAGAAGUACGAGGCUUCACUGACGACCAGAAGGACGAGUACUUCAGGAAGAGAUCCAGAAGUGAAGAUCUGUCCAGCAGAAUCAUCUCACACAUCAAGACGUCCAGGAGCCUCCACAUCAUGUGUCAAGUCCCAGUCUUUUGCUGGAUCAGUGCUACAGUUCUGGAGCACAUGUUGACCACAGCGCAGAGAGGAGAGCUGCCCAAGACCCUGACAGACCUGUACUCACACUUCCUGCUGGUUCAGACCAAGAGGAAGAAGAACAAGUACGAUAAAGGACAUGAGACGAGUCCACGGGAGGUGAUGGAGGCCGACGGGGACUUUCUUCUGAAGCUGGGGAGGCUGGCCUUUGAACAUCUGCAGAAAGGAGACAUCAUGUUCUACCAAGAAGACCUGGAGCGGUGUGGUCUAAGUGUGACAGAGGCCUCGGUGUACUCAGGAGUUUGUACAGAGAUCUUUAGAAGAGAGAGCGUGAUCUUCCAGAAAUCAGUCUACUGCUUUGUUCAUCUGAGCGUUCAGGAGUUUCUGGCUGCAGUCUACAUGUUCCACUGUUUCACCAACAGGAAGAAAAAGGUACUGCAGGGCUUCUUCAGAAAAAAAGACAGUACGAAAAAGUCACUGAAAGAGUUCCUGCAGGGCUUCUUCAGAAAAAAAGUUGAUGAUGAUGAUGGUGGUUACACUUCUCUGGAAGUGUUCCUGAAAGCAGCCAUGGAUAAAUCCCUUCAAAGUGAAAAUGGUCACCUGGACCUGUUUGUUCGCUUCCUUCAUGGACUCUGUCUGGAGUCCAACCACAGACUCUUAGGAGGUCUGCUGGGUCAGACUCAGAACAGUCCAGAAAUCAUCCAGAGGGUCAUUGAGAACCUGAAGAAGAUGAACACAGAGAAAAUCUCACCUGACAGAAGCAUCAACAUCUUCCACUGUCUGACAGAGAUGAACGACCAAUCAGUGCAUCAGGAGAUCCAAGAGUUCAUGAAGUCAAAGAACAGAGAACAGGAACUCUCUGAGAUCCACUGCUCAGCUCUGGCCUACAUGCUGCAGAUGUCUGAGGAGGUUCUGGAUGAGUUGGACCUGGACAAGUACAGAACAUCACACCAGGGGAAACAGAGACUGAUUCCAGCUGUGAGGAACUUCAGGAAGGCUCGGUUGAGGGGCUGCAGUUUGACAAAGAUCAUCUGUUCUUCUCUGGCCUCAGCUCUGAAGUCCAACCCCUCACACCUAAGAGACCUGGACCUGAGUGAGAACAAGCUGCAGGAUUCAGGAGUGAAGCUGCUGUGUUCGGGACUGGAGAGUCCACAUUGUAGACUGGAGACUCUGGGGUUGAGGGGCUGCAGUUUGACAGAGAUCAGCUGUUCUUCUCUGGUCUCAGCUCUGAAGUCCAACCCCUCACACCUGAGAAAACUGGACCUGAGGGGGAACCAGCUGCAGGAUUCAGGAGUGAAGCUGCUGUGUUCUGGACUGGAGAGUCCACAUUGUAGACUGGAGACUCUGUGGUUGAGGGGCUGCAGAUUGACAGAGAUCAGCUGUUCUUCUCUGGUCUCAGCUCUGAAGUCCAACCCCUCACACCUGAGAAAACUGGACCUGAGUGAUAACAAGCUGCAGGAUUCAGGAGUGAAGCUGCUGUGUUCUGGACUGGAGAGUCCACAUUGUAGACUGGAGACUCUGGGGUUGAGUUACUGCAGUUUGACAGAGAUCAGCUGUUCUUCUCUGGUCUCAGCUCUGAAGUCCAACCCCUCACACCUGAGAGACCUGGACCUGAGUCAGAACCAGCUGCAGGAUUCAGGAGUGAAGCUGCUGUGUUCUGGACUGGAGAGUCCACAUUGUAGACUGGAGACUCUGGGGUUGAGUCGCUGCAGUUUGACAGAGAUCAGCUGUUCUUCUCUGGUCUCAGCUCUGAAGUCCAACUCCUCACACCUGAGAGACCUGAACCUGAGAGAGAACAAGCUGCAGGAUUCAGGAGUGAAGCUGCUGUGUUCUGGACUGGAGAGUCCUCAUUGUAGACUGGAGACUCUGAGGUUGAGUGACUGCAGAUUGACAGAGAUCAACUGUUCUUCUCUGGCCUCAGCUCUGAAGUCCAACUCCUCAUACCUGAGAAACCUGGACCUGAGUCAGAACCAGCUGCAGGAUUCAGGAGUGAAGCUGCUGUGUUCUGGACUGGAGAGUUCACAUUGUAGACUGGAGACUCUGGGGUUGAGUUGCUGCAGAUUGACAGAGAUCAGCUGUUCUUCUCUGGUCUCAGCUCUGAAGUCCAACCCCUCACACCUGAGAGACCUGAACCUGAGUGAUAACAAGCUGCAGGAUUCAGGAGUGAAGCUGCUGUGUUCUGGACUGGAGAGUCCACAUUGUAGACUGGAGACUCUGGAGUUGUGGGGCUGCAGAUUGACAGAGAUCAGCUGUUCUUCUCUGGUCUCAGCUCUGAAGUCCAACCCCUCACACCUGAGAAAACUGGACCUGAGUCAGAACCAGCUGCAGGAUUCAGGAGUGAAGCUGCUGUGUUCUGGACUGGAGAGUCCACAUUGUAGACUGGAGACUCUGAAGUUGAGGGGCUGCAGUUUGACAGAGAUCAGCUGUUCUUCUCUAGCCUCAGCUCUGAAGUCUAACCCCCCACACCUGAGAGACCUUGACCUGAGUGUGAACAAGCUGCAGGAUUCAGGAGUGAAGCUGCUGUGUUCUGGACUGGAGAGUCCACAUUGUAGACUGGAGACUCUGGGGUUGAGGGACUGCAGUUUGACAGAGAUCAGCUGUUCUUCUCUGGUCUCAGCUCUGAAGUCCAACCCCUCACACCUGAGAGACCUGGACCUGAGCUGGAACAUGCUGCAGGAUUCAGGAGUGAAGCUGCUGUGUUCUGGACUGGAGAGUCCACAUUGUAGACUGGAGACUCUGGGGUUGAGUCUCUGCAGUUUGACAGAGAUCAGCUGUUCUUCUCUGGUCUCAGCUCUGAAGUCCAACCCCUCACACCUGAGAGAACUGAACCUGAGUGAGAACCAGCUGCAGGAUUCAGGAGUGAAGCUGCUGUGUUCUGGACUGGAGAGUCCACAUUGUAGACUGGAGACUCUGUGGUUGAGGGGCUGCAGUUUGACAGAGAUCAGCUGUUCUUCUCUGGUCUCAGCUCUGAAGUCCAACCCCUCACACCUGAGAGACCUGGACCUGAGCUGGAACAAGCUGCAGGAUUCAGGAGUGAAGCUGCUGUGUUCUGGACUGGAGAGUCCACAUUGUAGACUGGAGACUCUGGGGUUGAGUGGCUGCAAUUUGACAAAGAUCAGCUGUUCUUCUCUGGUCUCAGCUCUGAAGUCUAACCCCUCAAACCUGAGAGACCUGGACCUGAGUCAGAACUAUAUGCAGGAUUCAGGAGUGAAGCUGCUGUGUUCUGGACUGGAGAGUCCACAUUGCAGACUGGAGACUCUGUGGUUGAGGGGCUGCAGUUUGACAGAGAUCAGCUGUUCUUCUCUGGUCUCAGCUCUGAAGUCCAACCCCUCACACCUGAGAGACCUGAACCUGAGUCAGAACCAGCUGCAGGAUUCAGGAGUGAAGCUGCUGUGUUCUGGACUGGAGAGUCCACAUUGUAGACUGGAGACUCUGGGGUUGUGGGGCUGCAGUUUGACAGAGAUCAGCUGUUCUUCUCUGGUCUCAGCUCUGAAGUCCAACCCCUCACACCUGAGAGACCUGGACCUGAGUGGGAACCAGCUGCAGGAUUCAGGAGUGAAGCUGCUGUAUUCUGGACUGGAGAGUCCACAUUGUAGACUGGAGACUCUGGGGUUGUGGGACUGCAGUUUGACAGAGAUCAGCUGUUCUUCUCUGGUCUCAGCUCUGAAGUCCAACCCCUCACACAUGAGAAAACUGGACCUAAGCUGGAACCAGCUGCAGGAUUCAGGAGUGAAGCUGCUGUGUUCUGGACUGGAGGGUCCACAUUGUAGACUGGAGACUCUGGAGUUGAGGGGCUGCAGUUUGACAGAGAUCAGCUGUUCUUCUCUGGCCUCAGCUCUGAAGUCCAACCCCUCACACCUGAGAGAACUGAACCUGAGUCAGAACCAGCUGCAGGAUUCAGGAGUGAAGCUGCUGUGUUCUGGACUGGAGAGUCCACAUUGUAGACUGGAGACUCUGAAGUUGUUUAGCUGCAGUUUGACACAGAUCAGCUGUUCUUCUCUGGUCUCAGCUCUGAAGUCCAACCCCUCACACCUGAGAGACCUGGACCUGAGUCAUAACCAGCUGCAGGAUUCAGGAGUGAAGCUGCUGUGUGAUCUUCAGAAGAGUCCAGACUACAGACUGGAGACUCUGAAGUUGUGAACGUGAUGAAUGUGUGUGUGUGUGCGUGUGUGUGUGUGUGUGUGUGAGAGUGUGAGUGUGUGUGUGUGUGAGAGUGUGUGUGUUUGUGUGUGUGUGCGUGCGUGCGUGCGUGUGUGUGUGUGUGUGUGUGUGUGACGCUGCUUCAACAGAUCUGUGACAGAACUCCAACGAUGAUGGUGUGAUUUUUCAGUCCUAACGUCCUGAACCUGUGACGAGCUGUUUCAACAUUUAACAUAAUGUGUCUUUAAUCCAAGAGUAUUCAUCUACAAUGUUAAUAAUAUCCAUAACCUUUAUUCCAUUAUGUAUAUUACAUAUCUAACAGUUUAACCCUGACCAGUCAACAUGUGUUUCCUUUUCAUUUCCAUCAGUUAAAUGUAUCUAUGUUGUCUACAGAUGAGUUUUAAAAAAUGCUUUUUAAAUAUUUGACAGAAUAAUUGCUUCAAUAUUCAAAAACUCUAAACUCCAGCUCAUGAGAGCUAAUGAAAAUAAUGCCUGGUUCACAGUAUGUGGAGCUAAAGAGAGUGUUUGUUUUAAAUCAGUGGAAUGUUCCUUUGUUUACUUCAAACCUUAAAACAGAGAAUGUUGAUCUCUUUGUAAAAUGAUGGUUUAUCAUUAUUGUCUGGUCCUUACAACAAUAAUGAGGCGUGUGUGGGGGGGGGGGGGGCCUUGAGAUUUAUAGAAUGACUCAGCUCUUAUGAAACUAAGACACUGAUCCUGGUUUGGGUUUUUCCAGACAGAAAUGGUCCUAACAGGGUAACAAAUACAAGAACACACACAUAUUCUUGUACAGCAGUGGUCACCAACGUGGUGCCCGCGGGCUCAUUUCACUUCACCUCACUUGCAUGUAUCCAUAUGAUCACUGAGUAAAAUGUCUUUGAUAUUGUUUAUAAAACUGUGAUAAUCGUUAGUCAGCACUGAAAUGAAUGUGUAUGCAACUGAAUGCAUAAUAUUCAUCAUUUAAAUGGUCAUUAAAUGUAUGAAAUGUUAAUAUGGUAGCCCUCCAUAUUAUUCUCUACCCUUCAGGUAGCUCUGGGUCUCAAAAAGGUUGGUGACCCCUGUUGUACAGUGUUCUUCUUGAGGACACCCAGAGACAUCAUUUUAUGUCAAAAAGAAAAAUGGAAGUUAAAGGAAUACUUCACUGAUUAGCAUGUAGCUUUGUAUCGCUAGAAUAGCAGUAGUAUUUGUUCUCCCUCAGUUUUCCACUGAGUUGUAAAAAAAGCAGCGUGGGGCAAACUUGGACCCAUAGGGGGACGAGACUUCAUUCCCAGAAUGUAAACACGGUGUCCGCCAUCUUUGCUAACGGUUAUGCUAACUGGCUCUUGCUCUGCAGAGUAAACUGAGAACGACAAUGAUCGAAUGUAGUUUUCAAACUGAUAUGGCUGCGAGGGAAAAAAACCUGCAUUUCAGUGAAAACUAGAAGACGGCGGGUGGCGGCGAGCUGUGGUUAUUACGACAGGGUUAACACAACCCUAACCCAUCUGAAACAAAGCCAAAACACAUGAACACAAACAUGAAACGGCGCAAAACCAAAAACACACAAAUCCCAAAGCAACUGCAGGAGAGAAAACCUGCAUUCAAUAACAGAAGUGCUCCGGGCCUGUGGGGGGCGCUGUCGUGCAGCUCUACGACCAGCUGUUCUGACUACAUCAUUCUUUACAUACUGUUGAACGAGAGGAUCAAAGUUCUCCUGCUGUAACCCCGCAGUAGUUCGUGACUCGUGGUAAAGCCGCCGUCAUGUGACCGUGCUCGACCAAUAAAGGAGCCGCUUUUUGUAAAGAAAAGAAUCAAAUGUCAGAAAACAGUAACGACGACGAGGAAAAUACUCAGUCCUUAAAGAAAGUGAUGUGUAAGAAUUAUAAACGCUGUAUUUCAUCAUAGACAAUCCUGUCGUUUUGUUACGAUCUAAACAUGUAAAUCUUACAAUAUAUGACACUGUGUUUAUAUAUAUGCCAAACAAGUUUCUGACUUCCUGGUUUAUUUCCGGGUUGUGCGGCCCAUAGAGCAUGUGCAGUAGUGUUACUCCCAUAAUGCCUUUCAUCUAUGUGAACGACUUGCUCGGCGCGUCCAUGAACAGUGAAAGGCAUGAUGGGAGUACGCUACUGACGUGCACAAGCGGAUUUCAUGAAGACCUAUGGCACGUUUGCGUCCGGCUUUAAACCAUGGAUUUGUAAAUGAAAACCAACGAUAGUGAAUACAGUAAAGUGAAAAGUAUAAUUACGUCAUUACAGUUAAAAUGAUCAAUUUAAUGGUUCAUUUAAUUGACAGUGAAUAUUAGUUUAUAUGUGUUGUUACAAGAAUGAUGUUGUUUUCUUCCAUUCACUGAUAAACUGUAUGAUAAUCACUGUCACAUGACUCAGGGGUUAUAUAUAUUAUUGUCCAAGAAAAUAAGUACUUUUAAAAAAAAACAAUUUGAUUGAAUAUUAACCAUGAAUAUGAUUUUUGGUCUCAUUGCUAUGCUUUGUAUUUUGGUUUAAAUUUGAAAGUUCAAAUUUUUGUAUAGGUGGUUUACAAAUAAAGCUAACUUAUCUUUAUAAUUACAAUUUAUGGUAAAUAUAAUAAUCAUAAAAUAUUAAAACAGUCAGGCCAGAAAACCUGCAGACUCACAAUCAUAUUAUUAGGAACAAUAACAAUGUGUUAAACGUGGUUUAAAACUCCAGAUUUUUUCACUCAACAUUUUACUUCAACUCUAAUUCAUGUGUUCAUCACAUUUAUCACUAACUUUAUGAACAGAUAGUGAUGAUAAGACCAGCAGCCUCCCCGGGAAUCAGUGGUGAAGUGAGCGCAGGCCUGAGGUCAUCACACCGUCAUCUGCCCCGUGUUCACGAUAUCAGCAUGAAUCCACACAGCAGCUCGUUAAUACAUCGAUAAUAAGUUUGAAAUAAAUCCUAAUGAGCAACGAAUAAAUAACUAAAACCUGUUUUGUCCUAAUAUUUUAUUAUUCACAUUUCUCAUAAAGCUUUCACAUCGUACGGUUCCCCGACAGCAGCCGUUCCCGACACGUCAUGACCGCGCUUUGCUGUGCUCGUACACAGCUGUGACGUCACUCUGGGAAAUAAGAUGUUUCUGGGCUUUUUAUAGCCUUUAGGAAGGUUUUACAAAUGUGAAACUCCAUGAAUUAAAAAUAUAGAAUAUAAAGAUCUA